UGCUUUGUACUGAAAGAAGACUGGUUUACAUGUUCCAGGGAUCGAGUCCUUUGAAUGAGAUCAAGGGACCUAAGCCUGUCAGCGAUACCGAGAUGCGGUCCGUCACGCUGCUCGUCGUUCUGUCUCUGCGGUACUCACACAUUCGCGGUCUACGCAUAGACAAAUCGACGGCCGCCUACGAAGACGUCGUGGACGCCAUCCACCCGUCCGUGGAGCCCGACGAGCGAAUCAUCGACAACAUCGAGGCCCUGUUCCGCUCUGCCUCCACGUUCCUCCACCGGGCCACCCAUGGUCUGGUGCACUUCGGCAGCGUGACCAUCGCCGUUCCGGACACGUGGCCAGCUAGGCCGCAAGCGAAGAGCACCACGGCCAACCUCUUCCCGGUGGCCGACGUGAGGGUGGCCGCGGAGAACCCGCAGUACGGCGACACUCCGUACACGCUGCAGCCCCGGGGAUGCGGUGAGCGCGGAGAGUACGUCCACCUGACGCCGCGCUUCCUGGGAGAGUUGAACGAUUCCAUCGCCGAGGUUUACGGCAGUCCAGCCUACUUGCUGGUCCACGAAUGGGCACACUUCCGGUACGGCGUGUUCGACGAGUACGGCGACCCCGAGAGCUACCGGUACCCGAGCCUCUACUGCGAGUUCGGCAAGGUUCGCGCCAGCACCUGCUCGCAGCGCCACAAGUUCGAGGUGUACACGGAUUCCGGAGAGCCCUGUCGCAUCUACAAGGGCUGCCGCGUCUCUUCCAAGUGCAAGGCUCGCUUCUUGCAGAACAGCAAGGACCCGGUCAUAUCGUCCAUCAUGUUUAUGCCAUACAUCGAUGGCGUGUCGGAUUUCUGUGACAAAGAUGGCGACAAGCGGCACAACGCCCAUGCUCCUAACAAGCACAACCACCUUUGUGGGCGCAAAUCCACCUGGGAAGUGAUCAGCGACAACGAGGAUUUCAAGGGACUCGCCUCUGCCGACCUCUCAAAGAAAGUCGACGUCACGUUCACCGAAGUCCAGAAACGUGAAGGCACCAUAGGCAGGGUGAUUUUCGCCCUGGACCUUUCAAGCAGCAUGUCGAGAAACAACCGCAUCGGGCACCUCAAAGACGCUGCAAGCCACUCCUUGCGGGAGAUCAUACCGGACGGCUUGGAAGUGGGCCUGGUCACCUUUAGCAGCAGUGCCCACGUGGAAGCACCGCUUACAACCGUACAGCAGUCUACGAGGGAGCAGCUGGUUGCGAAGGUGCAGCAGCUCCGCGAGAAUGGGUUUACAUGCAUCGGUUGCGCCUUGCGGCAGGCCUUGGAGAUGUUCCAAGAAAACAAACAAUCCGCGGCGGGCUCUGUCAUCAUCCUCAUGAGCGACGGUGAGGAAAAUGGAUCACCCCGCAUCGAAGACGUCAUGGACGAACUGAUCGCCCAUCAGGUGGUGGUUAACACCAUCGCCUUCGGCACGGAGGCCGCGGAGAAGCUGGAAGAGCUAGCCCUGCGCACUGGAGGCAAGCCGUUCGCACUCCAUGACGGUCAGUACAGCGCUCCCAUCGCCUUGGUGUCCGCCUUCCUGGACUCAACCGCUGCCAUGGUGGACGACGACAAGAAGCCAGUAGUGAUCUUCGCGCGAGCGGCCAAAAUUGUGGACAAGCGAGAGUUUGCGAUACUGGUCGACGCCGACCUGGGAAACUGGACCACCAUUGAGGUGCAGUCCAGCAAAGCGUCCGAUCUCGAGGUGGAGCUACGCUACCCCGACGGCAAGACCUGUCAGGACUGUCUGGAGUCUGGCCCCGCGAAGAGUGGGAGCUACAUCACCUUCCAUAUACCCGGCGUCGCUACGCCGGGCACCUGGACCUUGGUGGUGUCCCGAAAAACAUUCACAAGUAGCGCGCCUAACGUCCACGUUCGUGCCACGUCCCUGGCGGGCAAUCGAGGCAAGGAGCCAGUGCUGGUGCACGCUUUCCUAAAGAAAACUGAAGUGAACAGCGCUACCGAGGCUGUCAUCUACGCGGAGGUCACCAAGGGCACGCAAGUGGUUCUGCACGCCAAGGUCACGGCUACCUGUCAUCAGGCCCAGGAUGCCUUACGAGGUCGAUGUGGAGCUAUUCGACGAUGGCCUCGGUAUGCUGCCGACUGCUCACCUAAGUGGACCUUCUUGAUCCUAGGCGCCGACGUUACGGCCAACGACGGCAUCUACAGCGGCUACUUCACGCAGUUCAACGGUGUUGGUCGUUACUCCGUCUCGGCUCGUGUCGUCAGCAGCAAUGACUCCGUCAUUGUGCCAGGGCGGAAGGCAUCUGGAGGUCUUCCCGCGCCACAGCUACUAGAGGUGCCGGCCGUCGGCACAGUCGCUGCUGCACCCACGGACGAGGAUGGAGGAGGCAUCCCGCUCGACCAUUUCGUCUACGUGGACCAGGACAUCGAAGAGGCCGAGCCGCAGGUCGUGUCCAGCGAGAAGGCGCCCCAGUUUGAGCGCCACGCCGAAGGAGGCUCGUUCCGGCUGGGUCACGAGAUUGACGGCUAUACGAUUCCGCCAGGUUCCAUUCAGGACCUGAGCGUGGAGGACUCCUUCGUGGAUGACAACGGCGAGCACGUGGUGCUCUUGGCCUGGACCUGCCCGGGAGCCCACCUGAACUCUGGCAACGCUUCCCGGGUCGAACUCAGGGCGAGCACGCUCUUGAGCGACCUCAUCAGGGACUUCGACUCGGCGCUUGAGAUCCGGGACAACUCCACGGAGGACGGACACAUCACGCCGGGAGCCGUUGGCUCCAGGCAGCGCCAGCGAUUCUCGGUUCCCGACGAGCUGCUCGCAGUCGCGCGGAAAGAUUCGCUGCUAGACUUCUAUUUCGCGUCCAGGGUGUGGAACGACGUGGGGCUGUCCUCUCCGGUGUCCAACAUCGCGAGGGUCACGUUCCAAAGACCGCCGCCCCUGGCGGGGUCGACGAACGGGCUGCCGACGUGGGCCAUCGCGCUGAUUGUCGUGGCAUCCAUGAUCGCCGUGGUUGCUGUUGGCGCCGCAGUGAUUAUGGUCGUCAAACGGCGCAGCAGCGAGUGAAGUGGCGCCCCAUCGAAAUACCGUGUUUACUUGGAAAGGUAGCCACAUAUAGACGGUGAAGCAACAAUUAAUAUAUAUUAGAAGCGUUGACUGUUGGGCCAGUUGGUGCAUCCUGUAGUGUCGUUGAGCGGAAAUAAGGGCAUAAAGGGACCACGUGGACCGGACACGUCGCUCGUCAGAACGCUCGGACAGAGCGUCUGACCUGUGCACAUGGUUUCUUCCUGCCCUUAUUUCCGCACAACGACACGAAAUAAUAUAUAUGUCAUUUUAUUGAGUUGCAAGCAGCAACUUUAGUACACGCAAGUAAGUUAAUUCCUGAAUGGUUUACAAAUAUCAUUACCAUCGUUUUUUAUUGACAUCAUUCAUCGUUGAACAUAGGCACAUGGACAUGUAUCACAAAGCUGACUACCUCAAUCAUACACGCUGUAAUUUCAACAACAAGCCCGUUUAACGGAGCCUUUGAAUGACGUGGACAAUAAAGAAUGCCGUAAGCAACGCGAGCGUUUGACUCCAGCUGGUAUUCUUGAUCGACAUAUUCCGAAGAUGUUAGGGAUAUUCACACAUACGGGAAGGCCACACAUACCCUACACAUACUGCGCCAACAAAUAACCGAAGUAACGCACAUGACAAAGCGCAUUACGAACAGCCGACAAGGACUCCCAGAAAAAGAUGUACUCCGAAUCGUGCGAGUCCUCAUAAUUAGAAGAUUAACCUACCACCUCCUCUACCAUAACCUGACUCAGACUGAGAUGAACCAGAUGCACACACUCCUCCGUACGGCAAUAAAGACAGCGCUGGGAUUACCCCAACAUGCGUUCACGCAGCUCCUACUACGACUCGGGGUACACAACACCAUCCGAGAACUAGUGGAAGGCCACCUUAACAGACAGUUACAACGCCCCAACGAACAAGACAGGGGUGUCUAAUUCUAUCCCGUCUAGGAUACCAAACACCAAGAAAGCCACAACAGGAAGACCGCACACUUCUCGCGCUUAUAGCAUUCGAAACAAACUUCACGUGGCUCCAAUUCCCCGAAAUAUGCACCCUGACCGUCAUGAAUGCCGGAGACCAGCAAGAGCACAAGGCCUCGCUCGAAUCUUUGGCGAUGACUCAUCGGACACACACACCGGUCCUUUACACCGACGUGACCCGGUACCCACAAAGACGUGCUGUGUGUCUAGUCGUGCUCGAUAGCACAGACACUCUGAGAGCUUCGGCCACGCUCAACACUGUGGACAGUGGCUGCUAUCGCCCUAGCCAUCGUACACGUUUCAACCACACCGGCACCGGAUGGACCCAUCACAGCGGUCACUAAUUCCACAAACCGCGUGCAGGACUUUGACACAAGGGACGGUGACACCCUACACACGCCGCAUCCUUACAUCAUUACAGCCCACAGCGUUACACAGGGUGCGCAUCGUCUGGACACCUGGACACGCCUAUCUCCAAGGUAAUGAACGCGCUAAUGCGAUAGCCCGAGAGCUCGCUAACCGGGCGCCAUUGGAAGAGCUGUGCAACCCAGAUGACGCACCGACAGAACCACUGAACUACAGUGAAACUCUACAACAUUGCAGAGGGAGCAGGAGACACUUCCUCCCCACCACACCAGUCUCUUAACGGAGCAGAUGCCGUAGCGUAGCGACAGCUACAGACCAAUUCACACCCCUGUCUCUGUUACCUUCACCUCUUCCACCCCACACAAUAUCCCUCAUACUGUCCCUACUGUGGAGCAAAGUCCACAGUAUAUCAUUGCACCUGGGAAUGCUCACA